UUUAUCUGUCUCCCUAGUUUCCUGCGUCUCCUUCUGAACGGAACGUACGACUACGUCCGUCAUAAGAUCCUCUAUGUGUUCCUCGACCACUUCCCCGAUGGCGGCCGGCAGGACGGAUGGAUAGCCGACGACUAUCUGCGGACGUUCCUGACGCGCAAUGGCUUGUCCAGGGUGAAGGGGGCCAGAUCAGACGACGUGUUCGUCAUCAACGACGCAGACGAAAUCCCGGCGCAGGAAGGCCUCCUUUUCCUCAAGCUGUUCGACGGUUGGACCGAACCGUUCGCCAUACACAUGCGAAAGUCUUUGUACGGCUUCUUCUGGAAGCAGUUUGGGACUCUGGAGGUGGUGUCCGGCUGCACACUCAGGAUGCUCCGUGACGUCUACGACGGCGACGGCAUCAAGCUGCGGCGCCGCGAGUACUACACCAUGCCAGGCUUCCGCAAGUACGAGAACGACACGGGCCACAUCCUGGUGCAGUGGUCCGUGGGAAGCCCCUUCCACUUCGCUGGCUGGCACUGCUCCUGGUGCUUCACACCCGAGGGGAUUUACUUCAAGCUGGUGUCGGCGCAGAAUGGGGACUUCCCCAGGUGGGGGGACUACGAAGACAAACGCGACCUCAACUACAUCCGGGAACUGAUCCGGACAGGGGGCUGGUUUGACGGCUCCGUGCAGGAAUAUCCCCCUGCGGACCCCAAAGAGCACAUGUUCGCCCCCAAGUACAUGCUGGAGAACCACAAAAGGUAUCACUACCUCCUAGAGAACCCUUAUAAACACAAAGUCCAGAACGAAUGAAGUCUAAGAGACCAUGCUUUGGGAACAUACCUAACAGAAGUGCCGGAGAGAGGCCUUCGCACUGAGCUCUGGAGGUGGGCUGACACCGACGGACGAAAUCUCGACGGAUGACGACAAUGAAGGUGAUGCAGGGAUUUAAAAGCUCUUCAAAUUAUUUGGGGGUUUUAAAAAGGGAACAUGACAACAAUGGGUUUACAAAUUCAGCAUCGGCAGGACGAAACCAGUGGAUGAACAAAAAUAAAAAAAUCACUGCUUUCCCCGUCGUUCCGUCGUCACAGUGAGAGGCCAAGCUAUUUCUCCGCGCCCGCUUACUUUGUAUCUCAUCCACCACUGGACACACUUGUAGGAAGAAAAAUAAAUAAUAAAAAAAAAAAGGCAGGGAAGCAACAAGCGUUUUUAUUUAAUUUUCUGCCUAUUCCUGUCUGCUUUCACUGAAGUUUACAGCCUGCCAGACGCUCGGCUUUCAACCCCCUCGCCCUCUGAUGUCUUCCUGUCAUUCUCAGUGACCUCCUUCCAGAGCCGGACGCAGGUUCAGAGGCAAAACAUGGAGACCUUAAGGUCUGCUGAGAGUACCAAACAAGUGUCACAGGUUUCUGCUCACGUUCAUGAUCAUGCACCUUAAGCUCGUCUGCGUGGUUGUAAAUAGUGUGYGUGUGUGUGUGUGUGCGUGCGUGCUCUGUUUGUGCCGUUCGGACUAAAAAAAUCAAUGCGAGUGAAAAAGGUUCAUGAAGGAAAAAGUGUGCCGUAAUGAAAAGGAAAUAAAAUGAAAUACCACAUGGA